UGCAACACAAGAGGAAAGACGGAGAGACAAGUUGUAAACGAACGCACGUUGUUUUUCGCUCUCCCUGUUUAGCACCCCCCGAAGAGGCACAAGCGCAAAUGGAAUCCAACCAAGCUGACUGUGCUUGCAAUCCAGAGACCACUGAUGACCCCAAGCCAACUGGAAACAGAGGUGAUGGGCCUGACCAUGUUAAGCCAGGAAGGACCAUCGCCUUCACAGCAAAGCUGGAGAUUUCCGACAGCUAUCCGUUCCACAAGGGCCCCCUGAGGUUCACAAAUGUGCUGGUGAAUGAGGGACAGGGCUACAGCCCUUUAACCGGUGCAUUCACCUGCCCCCGGGCCGGCUUUUACCAUUUUACUGUGCAUGCGUCCACCUAUGGGCUUGCACAAUUUAUGAUCAACAAGAACGGUCAGAAUGUGGUCUCAGCCUAUCACACCACCUUAGACGACAAGAAGAGCCAAGUGGCCAGUAUCGGCAGUGUCAUUCAGCUGUCGGAGAGUGACAAGGUGUGGGUAGAGCUGUGGGGACCACCCCGAAAUGACAUCUUUGCCACUGAAGCCAACGACACUGUGUUCUUGGGGUUCCGUCUUGGGUAGUCACAAUACAAAAAAGUGCUUCUUAUGCACUGUCCUCUGUCGGCCUGUAGCGUAGUGGUUAAGGUAAAUUACUGGGACACGCAAGGUCGGUGGUUCUAAUCCCGGUGUAGCCACAACAGCCGUUGGGCCCUUGUGCAAGGCCCUUAACCCUGCAUUGCUCCAGAGGAGGAUUGUCUCCUGCUUAGUCUAAUCAACUGUAGGUUGCUCUGAAUAAGAGCAUCUGCCAAAUGCCAAUAAUGUAAUGUAAUGAAAUGUGUCAGUGCAUAAGAAGCCUGAGUUGAUCAUUUGAACGCCUGACAGCUAUUUCUGAACUCUUCACUCAACACCUAACCACUGGACCAGAGCUAUCAAAGCAAUGUAAUGAUCUCACACAUGUCCUGCCUCCUGAUAUUUCCUCCUUGCCCUUCUCAAAUCUCAAACUUUUCAGUGGAACAGCGGAAACUCACUGCAGGUUGUUGCCUUUAUAUGUUGAAGAAAACCAUUGUACACUUUUUUCAAUUUCACCUGUACCCAUACAUGUAAACCUUGAUUUUUUUCUUUUCUUUUCUGCUUCUGACUUUGUGGUUAAUGUUACAUUAGUCUUGAUGCUUUUGAAUAAAUGUACAUAUGAUAAAUUGUA